UUAGUAACUCCAGAUGAAUCUGAGAAUGCAAUACGUAAUGUAUUAAGAUCUGUGAGAUAUGUUUUGGCUAUGGAUGUCUUUGCGAAUAAGUUGACAUUAGCAUUUCUUAAAGCAUAUCAUGGUGAAGACAUUCAUAUAAUUGAUAAUAGAUAUAAGUCUCGUGUGAAUGCGAUGGUUGAAAUUUUUUAUGAUCCGAAUAGUAGAGCCGAAGCUAUAAAAAUAGGAUAUGGCCUUUUGAGAGCGUUAGUAGAAAAAGCAUUUAAGUUAUCUAAACCUGAUAAUUCACCUGUUAGAGCCUGUAUAUAUUAUGGGGAUAUGGAUGGGAAGCAAAGACAAAAAGGCUUUUCCAAUAUUAAUGAUGCCUGGGAUAAACUCAACUGCGUGGCUUAUACAAAUACAGUGAAAGCAGAUAUAUCUUUUGAAAUUACACGCCACUUCGAUAUAGUCAUAACCAUUACAAAUAUUACCACUUCAGUUCAUGUUGAAACUCUUGCACAAAUGCUUUACCAAAUUCCAAUAAAGAAACAUCGUGAAUGGAAUAAUAAUAUCAUUUCUUAUAAAGUUGAUUCAUCUUCAACCGUAAUAACUUUUAUUGAAGUUGAGCAUCAGAAACAUCUUUCUGCAAGAUAUUUUAUUGAAAAGCUUUGUAGUCUCAUAGCAAGUAUAAGCAUUUUCCUCCAACUUAUAAAAAUGGAUGAAAGUCGAGAAGUUAUAGGGAAUCGCAAAAGGGUUCACAAUGAGGUUAGGGUUGAAGCAUUAGUUAUUAAGAAUACAAAUUUUAACGCAGUUGCUACUUCCUAG